AUGGCAGAUAACCUUUGUGGUCCAUCGAAUGCUUUGCAAAAUCUUCAAAAGCACACAAAAGUUGAUCGUACCUUACAACAAGAUCGUUUAGUUGGAAGAGCUUCAACUUCUCAAGGUUUCCGAGCUUCCCCAGGUCUAAAUGCAGGUCAACUAGAUGCUGAAUUCGCAGCUUUCCAAGCUGGUCAUCAAUCACUUAGUCUCUCUCCCUCGGCGCAAAAUUUAUCACCUCGACAUUUCCAUACCCCCUCUCCUCAAAAUUUUCAAACCACCCCACCACAACAUCCCGCAGAUCGAACAUGGGCUACCGAUUUCCGAAACCUGAACAUCUCAGGUCCUCAAGCACAAUUUCAACAACAAGAGGUACAUCGGACACAUCAACCUCAAAUGGGAGGAUGGCAUCAGGAAUUUGCCCAAAGCUAUCGAGCUCCGAGUGUGAAUGCGCAGGGAAAGCAACCUGUUAUGGGAAUGCAUGGUCCUUCGAUGAUGAACGCUGGAUAUAAUUCAAUACCUAGAGUUCUUAUGCAACAAAAUCAAUUUACAUCCACAAUACAGUCAUCGGCGCAAAACGAUGAAGUUAUUGAUGAUGCGGCAUUUGCGAGAGCUUUCGAUGAAGCAGCGAAUGCAGAAUUGGAGAGAGAGCGAAAACAAGAGGAAGAAUCAGAAAGAGCGAGAGUUGAACAGGAGACCGCGAUACAAGCAAAGACCGAUGAAGAAGCAGGGCUUGAACGCGACAGAGCGGUAAACUAUCUUCUCAACCAAGCCCCUCUCGGUGCGGAUACCAUUCAAGACCCCGCAACCGCAACAUCAGAACAAAAUACACAUGCACCAGACGCUCUAUCACGUACAGCUGGAGAGCUUCUACACAGUGUUAGUAGUAACCAAAGUGAUAAGUUUCAAAAUAGUCAAUUCCUACAACUCAUGCGACAGAUCCGUGACAAGGAGGUUACAGUUGAAGGGGAUAUGGUGGUGGAUACAGGCAUGAGAAUUAAACGAGGUGUUUAUGAAAAUGAAAAUGGAGGACAAUUUCAUGAUAUGACAUCGGAUGUGGCAGAAAGAAUUCGCAAGAUUAGAAAGGAUGAUUGUAAGCUGGCCGAAAUUACGGCGGGAAUGGACCAGGAGAUGCUGAUGAAAGCUUGCGAGGCUAAACCAAAAUAUCAUACAUUGACGAGACAGAAGUGGGUGGGCAUUUGGGCACGUGUGGAAAGAGGUAGAGAGAUAUUGAGGGGUAUAAAUAAUAACCCUACACCAGAAUUGCUAGAACAUCCAGUAGUAGGCUACUUGGCGAACGUGGACGAAACAUCGAAUCAUUAUGUGGUUCGGGAUAAUUCUUAUUACGAGAUUAAGCCGAAGAGCGAAGAGGGGAAAUCUAAGUCUAAGUCUAAGUCUGGGGAAGGGGAAGGUGAAUAUGACCAGGCUGAGGGAGAGAAUACUAAUAGCGACCUCACUCGUCCUAGAAUAAGACAAUUCCGCGGGUAUAUGGCGUUGAAGGAGAAACAUAGGCAUCGAGGAAGGGAUGAGGAGGGUAAUUGGCAUGGGAAGGGUUGGAUGGUGGAAAAUGGGAAGUUUUCGGGGGGGAAGAAGGUGUGGGAACGGAUUGUGGAGGGGGAGGGGAGGGGGGAGAACUUGAAAGCUAACUUGAAGGAAGAAGAAGAAGAGAUGGGAAUACGGGUACGAGAUGAGGGUUCAAGAGAGAUAGAGAUGGAGAUGGAGAUGAGAAGUAGAGCGGUGAAUAGGAUGGAAAAUUUGGCUAAUACAUUUCAGCCUGCGGGGAUGUAG